UACAUUCUAUUUAUUCGUUUAUUGUCAAGUAAUUCUAUGUCAAACAAAUAUUUACACAAUAUUAUAGAGAAAUAUGUACUAAGUAAAUUUUAGCGUUUUCAUCAACACACACCCACAGUAUAUAUUCGCGAAUCAGACGACACUGUACCAAUUAUACAUAUAUAGGCUAGGACAAAGGGUUUUUUAUUUCCGGUAAAGACAAACAAUGCGGGGCAGAUGUCAAAAACGUCUGCUAAUGGUCUGUGUGGGCAAUUUAUGUCGCUCCCCCAUGGCGGAGGCAGUUAUGCGUGAAGUCAUUAGCAGGGCGGGUCUGGAAAAGGAUUGGCAUGUGGAUAGUGCUAGCAUCGAAGGCUGGCACACCGGCUCUCAGCCAGAUUCACGUGUUUUAAAUAUUUUGUCCAAUCACAAUAUUGAGUACAAGUAUCACCAAGCCCGCCAACUGACCGAAGAUGAUUUUGUUAAAUUUGAUUAUAUUUUUGGCAUGGAUCCAAAUAAUAUGGAGUCGCUGAAACGGAUGGCGCCGCAAUAUGCCACCGCCAAGCUGCUACUGUUGGGUGACUUUGGCUUGCAUCCGGACAACCGCGUUAUUGAAGAUCCUUAUUAUGAAUUGGGAGAGGCUGCUUUUGAAAAGAUUUUUGCUCAGUGCAACGUUGCAUGUGAAUGUUUUCUUAAGCAGGCACGCGCAAAUGAAAUUAUGUGAUAUGUGAAAAUUAUUUAUGAAUAAAAUUAAAGGUUACAAA